CGAAAAUGUACUUUGUAUAAUUUUUUGCUGUUGUUUCCUUCAUUAUAAAAAUGAAGAAAGAUUAGUACAGAGAUCAGUUGUGCGGUAAACUUUGCAAACGUCGGGCCAGACACUCUCUGCCCAUCCAUCCCCCUGAAAUGGAGUUACUAAACACUUUUAGAUAUAUAUUCCUGAUCGUAUCCCUAAGCCUCGUGGAAAUCAAUGCGGGAGUUCCCUAUCGACCCUCAUACGGGUACGACCAUCAAUUCUGUAUGGAUACAGUGACAGGACGACAGCUGUACGUGGGUGAGGUCUUCACCAGGCCGGGUCAGUGCAUUCGGAUACAGUGUUUGGGGACACUGCAACUCUGGGAGGAUAGCUGCCUGGUACCAAAACUAUCAAAGGGUAACUGCCGUCCCGUUCAACCCGAGGAAGAAAAUCUGGAAUAUCCCCGAUGCUGCCCACUGUACGAGUGCAAAAGCUAUCAGUCACAUGCGGGAGGUACAGUGGAGCAAACAACCACCUACGACCACUAUGGCACUGUGCGCCGAUCCCACGUCACGGAGGUGAUAGUGAUCAACAAGAGGCCCCCACAGGGAUCGCCAGUGAACCUGGAUAACCCCUCAGCACCUUCGCCGCGCAAGUAUCAGGUGUAAUGCUAUGCCUAUGGUGCCCACUGUGAUUGUGUGAGCUUAUUCCUAGUUAGUCUAUCUUAAAAAACUUAACGAAAAAAUACAACGGCAAGGAUGUUUCCUGUGUUUGCCAAAAAAAAAAAAAAAUAUUUUAUUAUAUAACAAUAAACGAAUCUAAAUAUCA